ACAUUGUAAUGUAACCUUUCCUAAACCUAACCUCAAAUUUUGUUUAGAAAAUGAAUUUAUUGCUUAUCUAUUAUAGUAUGUACCUUAAAAAAUAAUAUUUAACAACUUUACCAUGCAGACAACAGCUUUUGUUAUAUUGGUACUGAAUUCAGUUUCAUUGAUAAAUUGUGGAUCAGACAGUUUCACAGAAGAAUUGUUUAUUAAACCUCUGUACACCGAUCACAUCUAUACACAUUUCCAUUUUUCAACAAUUUGGGACACAGACUUACAGACAGAGCAAUUUAAGCAUACGCACUUAUUUCCUCGGGCUCUCGGCGAAAUAAUUAAACGACACAAUGUUCAAGAGCUCCAUUUAAGCUUGACGGCCGGUCUGUGGAGGUACGAGACCUGGGGAUAUCCGAUAACGAGCGCUCCUCCCGGUGCAGAAUUGUGGGUAUGGUUUAAACAGGAUACGGAAAACGUUGACAAGAACUGGAAGGAAUUGGCGAAUUCGCUGUCGGGCUUAAUUUGUGCAUCAUUGAAUUUUAUCGAUACAUCGAAUAGUAUUAGUCCAGAAUAUUCCUUUCGACCUAACGGUGCCGUUGCCGAUCAGACUUUAAAUUCGUCAUAUUUAAGAUACUCGGCAUUGCCUAGAGAAAUUGUGUGUACAGAGAAUUUAACACCCUGGAAGAAAUUAUUGCCAUGCGAAUCAAAAAAAGGAUUAGCCUCAUUGUUGAAUUCUGGUUAUAUUUAUAAUACUCGCUACCAUUCGCUUUCAAUUCAUUUUCGUCCCAUCUGCAGAGAUUUGGAGUGCGAUGUGACAUCUAUAGAAGUGAACCAAUAUGUUGAUUUAGUGUACGAUUAUUUGAUACUAGGCGUGCGUAAUUGGUCAAUUCGUCGUUUAUUCGGUCAAGGUAUCUUGGGGUCUUGUCCUUUAGCGAAGUCAAGUACGGUGUAUGUAGAUAUGAGCACUAACUCAAGCAUACCGUUUGAUCUUAGCCCAGAGCCUGACGAGUUUGUUCAUUCAAUACGGGGUGGUUACACAACCAAGUUUGCAAAAUAUAGAGUUACAAAUGAAACUUUAAGUAUAUCAGUUAGUCACUUGGAAAAUUCGAAAGUUUUAAUUAAUUCGCCCCCAGUUUUGCAUGCCAAUCAAUAUUUGACGGGGUAUGGUCAAGAAUUGGGCGGUAUUGUAACAAAAUUAUAUAAUAAUCAUUGGAAUAACUUAGACGUUGUUGUUUUGCAAAACAUUCCAUGGUACGUCCCCAUUUAUUUGCAUACAUUAAAAAUUCAGGCCAAUGGUGAGACCAUUAAACCGAUAUCCAUAAGAUACAUUCCCGGAAAGCUUCGCAAGCGGCCUUACUAUGUUGAGAUUGCACUUCGAUUACCACCUCGAUCCACAACUUCGAUCUCUGCCGAUUUUGAGCAUGUUUUUCUUAAAUGGACUGAGUAUCCCCCUGAUGCAAGUCACGGCUUUUACAUUUCCUCCUCGGUUAUAUCAGCAAUGCUUCCAUUGACUAAGAACAUUACAGGUUUGCCACAAGGAGCAUCUACGAUAGCGGAUAGUUUUAAUCGUAGCUCUGGAAGUGGCUAUUUUGUACAGGUGCAUACCGAAACCAUGGUAGUUACUUUACCAACUCCAGAUUUUAGUAUGCCGUAUAAUGUAAUAUGCCUUGCCUGUACUGUAGUCGCACUCGCCUUUGGUCCUCUACACAACAUUACCACUAAAAGACUGAUUCUAAAACCUGAAAGCAAUGAACGAGUAGUAGAUAGACUUAAACAACGACUCUUUUUAUUAGUCAAUAAGUUUAAACUGGGGAGGGCCGAACGAGCAGAAACCGAGUAGAUAAUGAAAAUGUGUACAAGUUGUGAUAUGUUUCAUGUAUUAUUUUAAGUCACUGAAGUAAUGCUAUAGGAGAUAUGUACCUAAUUAGUUUAUUUAAUAAACAAAUUGAUUGUGUAA